GAAGCUUACAGAGGGAGAGAGAGAUUACGCUGAAGGCAGGCGCAGUGGAAGUCUGUUCUAUCCGCCAGUCAGACGCAGACGGACGGGGCCAGCUGCUAGCCGGGUUAGCCUCCGUAGACAGUUGGUUAGCAACUAGCUUUCAGAGUCCUCCUAGCUCACUUGGGAGGCGCGAGAGGAAGGGCGUGUGUGAGCGUCGACCCCCUUUCAGCGUCCUGAAGUAACUCCUCGCGCGUGCUUCUGAAUGUUUAUAAGCCCACCUCUUGUCUGUGUUUCUCCUCUAAAACCCGCUGAGUGGAAGUGUUCUGGGGCUGGCAAACGCACCCCUAUAAACAUCUCCAGAUAAGCGACUCUUUACACUCGGUGUCCGGUUCCUUUGCAGUGGAUUCACGUCAUUUACUGAUACCGACAAAAGCACCAGCAUAAUGCUGAGGUUCGCUGUGGUCCGAGGUGGCCUGGGCCUGCUGGCUGUCAGGAGGGCGUCCCGCCUCUCCAGGUCUUCCCACUCCAGCGUGCAGACAGAGUAUAAACCCAUCAAGAAAGUCAUGGUGGCCAACAGAGGUGAAAUAGCAAUCCGAGUCUUCAGAGCCUGCACUGAACUGGGGAUUCGCACUGUGGCUGUUUACUCUGAGCAGGACACUGGACAGAUGCACAGACAGAAAGCAGAUGAGGCUUACCUGAUCGGGAAAGGCCUGCCACCUGUUGCCGCGUACCUCCACAUUCCAGACAUCAUUAAAGUCGCAAAGGACAACAAUGUGGACGCCAUUCAUCCUGGCUAUGGUUUCCUGUCUGAGCGUUCCGAUUUUGCUCAGGCCUGCGCAGAUGCAGGAGUGAGGUUUGUGGGCCCGACCCCAGACACAGUACGCAAAAUGGGAGAUAAGGUGGAGGCUCGCUCCUUGGCCAUCAGUGCAGGUGUACCUGUGGUCCCGGGAACAGACUCGCCUAUCUCCUGUCUGCAGGAGGCGCAGGCUUUCGCUCAGACGUACGGCUUUCCCAUCAUCUUUAAGGCGGCCUACGGCGGGGGCGGUCGCGGCAUGAGGGUUGUCAGGGAGUACGAGGAACUUGAAGAGAAUUACCAGCGGGCGUACUCAGAGGCCCUCACCGCCUUUGGAAACGGCGCCUUGUUUGUGGAGAAGUUCAUUGAAAAGCCGAGACACAUUGAAGUGCAAAUCCUUGGCGAUAAAUAUGGAAAUGUCAUCCAUCUUUAUGAGAGAGACUGCUCUAUUCAGCGCAGACACCAGAAGGUGGUGGAGAUUGCCCCUGGAUUUCAGCUGGACCCUCACCUCAGAGACAGACUUCACUCUGAUGCUGUUAACCUGGCCAAGCAGGUGGGAUAUGAGAAUGCUGGAACCGUGGAGUUCUUGGUGGACAAACAUGGAAAACAUUACUUUAUCGAGGUCAACUCCAGGCUCCAGGUUGAACACACGGUCACGGAGGAAAUCACUGAUGUGGACCUGGUGCAUGCUCAGCUGCACGUUUGUGAAGGCCGCAGCCUGCCAGAACUUGGCCUGAAACAAGAUAAGGUUAGGGUGAAUGGCUGUGCUAUCCAGUGUAGAGUGACCACUGAAGACCCAGCCAGAGGCUUCCAACCGGACACCGGAAGGAUUGAGGUCUUCCGGAGUGGUGAGGGUAUGGGCAUCCGCCUGGACAGCGCCUCAGCCUUCCAGGGUGCCAUUAUUUCGCCGCACUACGACUCUCUGUUGGUGAAAGUCAUCGCCAGUGGGAAGGACCUGAACACGGCUGCCUCUAAGAUGAGCCGCGCCCUGGCUGAGUUCAGAGUGCGAGGGGUCAAGACCAACAUCCCCUUCCUCCAGAACGUCCUGUCCAACAACCAGUUCUUACACUCCACCGUGGACACCCAGUUCAUCGACGAGAACCCCGAGCUCUUCAACCUGAAACCCACGCAGAACAGAGCCCAGAAGCUGCUGCACUACCUCGGUCAUGUGAUGGUGAAUGGACCAACCACGCCCAUCCCAGUCAAGGCUAAGCCGUCCUCUACAGACCCUGUGGUUCCUCAUGUGUCCAUGGGCGACCCACCUGUGGGCUUCCGGGACGUCCUGCUCCGUGACGGUCCUGAGGGCUUCGCCAAGGCUGUCCGUGCCCACCAGGGGCUGCUGCUUAUGGACACAACCUUCAGAGAUGCUCACCAGUCCCUCCUGGCAACCAGAGUUCGGACCCACGACCUGAAGAAGAUCUCUCCAUUUGUCAGCCACAGCUUCAGCAACCUUUUCAGCCUGGAGAACUGGGGAGGUGCUACCUUUGACGUGGCCAUGCGCUUUCUGUCGGAGUGUCCGUGGAAGAGGCUCCAGGAGCUGAGAGCUUUGAUUCCUAACGUUCCUUUCCAGAUGUUGCUCAGAGGAGCCAACGCCGUGGGCUACACCAACUACCCCGACAACGCUGUCUUCAAGUUCUGUGAAGUGGCCAAGGAGAACGGCAUGGACAUUUUCCGCGUGUUCGACUCCCUCAACUACCUCCCCAACAUGCUGCUAGGGAUGGAGGCUGCAGGAGCAGCGGGGGGCGUCGUCGAGGCUGCCAUCUCCUACACGGGCGACGUGUCUGACCCCAUGAGACAGAAAUAUUCCCUGGACUAUUACGUGAAUCUGGCAGACGAGCUGGUCAAAGCUGGAACUCACAUCCUUUGCAUCAAGGACAUGGCAGGUCUGUUGAAGCCACAGUCCAGCCAGCUUCUCAUUGGUGCUUUGAGGGACCGUUUCCCAGAUGUGCCCAUCCACGUGCACACUCACGACACAGCUGGAGCGGGUGUGGCAGCCAUGUUGGCCUGUGCAGAGGCUGGAGCUGACGUAGUGGAUGUUGCAGUUGACUCUAUGGCUGGAAUGACCUCUCAGCCAAGUAUGGGGGCCAUCGUUGCCUGCGCUAAGGGAACCAAGUUGGACACCGGUAUCGCUCUGGAGAAGGUGUUUGACUACAGCGAAUACUGGGAGGUGACCAGAGGCCUGUACGCUCCCUUUGACUGCACCGCCACCAUGAAAUCUGGCAACGCUGACGUCUACGAGAACGAGAUCCCCGGAGGACAAUACACCAACCUCCACUUCCAGGCUCACAGUAUGGGGCUGGGAAAUAAGUUCAAGGAGGUGAAGAAGGCUUAUGUUGAAGCUAACAAACUACUGGGAGACCUCAUUAAGGUGACUCCAUCUUCAAAGAUUGUUGGUGACCUGGCACAGUUCAUGGUGCAGAACAGCUUGACCAGGCAGGAAGUGGAGGACAAAGCCGACGAGCUGUCCUUCCCCCAGUCUGUGGUGGAGUUCCUGCAGGGGCAUGUUGGGAUUCCGCAUGGAGGCUUCCCCGAGCCCUUCCGGUCCAAGGUGCUGAAGUCCCUCCCCCGUAUCGAAGGUCGCCCCGGUGCUUCUCUGCCGUCAAUGGAUUUCAAGGCUCUGGAAGCAGGACUUCGAGAGGCGCACGGUGAUGACAUCACCCCUGAGGAUGUGAUGUCAGCAGCCAUGUAUCCUAAAGUCUUCCAAGAGUUCAAGGAGUUUACAGCAAACUUCGGGCCUGUGGAUUGUCUCAGUACCAGGCUGUUCCUGGAUGGACCCAAGAUCGCAGAGGAAUUUGAGGUGGAGCUGGAGAGGGGGAAGACCCUGCACAUCAAGGCUCUGGCUCUGGGUGACCUGAACAAGAACGGCCAGAGGGAAGUCUUCUUUGAGCUGAACGGCCAGCUGAGAUCUGUGCUGGUCAAAGACACGGUGGCUAUGAAGGAAAUGAAGUUCCACCCUAAAGCUCAGAAGUCCAUCAAAGGUCAGGUGGGAGCACCAAUGCCUGGAAAAGUCCUGGAGGUCAAAGUCAAAACUGGAUCCAAGGUGGAGAAGGGCCAGCCUCUGUGCGUCCUCUCAGCCAUGAAGAUGGAGACCGUGGUCAACUCCCCCAUGGCUGGGACCAUCAAGGCCAUCCACGUCUCCCCUGAAUCCUCCCUGGAAGGAGACGACCUCAUCCUGGAAAUUGAGGAGUAGAAUUUGAAGAGGGGAGGGGGGUAGUUAGGGGGCAGCAGCAGGUAAAGCGUUUGAGGAGAGAGGAGCGCCCCCUGUGAUGACAUCGUGGAUGAACUGAUGGGAUGAGGUGUAGCUGACUAAACAUUUCUGAUAAUUCUGGAUGUUGUGAUUAGCUUAACUACAGUACUUUUACUAACUUUCUAUCAACUAGUGGACAAUAAGUGAAUAUUUUAGACGAUCGUUGUGACAUUCCACCUCAGAGCUAGUCAUAAAUGUGAAGUACUACAGCGAGCUAACUCAUGUAAACACUAUUCUUUAGGAAACUGCUCAAGCUGCCUUUGUGAUGAGCAGGGUCCCCACAAAGAGUUUCAUUCUUCCCUUACACCUGUCGCUGUGCAUUCUGGGAAUGUGCGAUCCCCCGCUGGCGUUUAGGCCGAACAGCUGAAGGAAACAAGUCACAGUAAGGAAGCACAACACACACGGAACGAGCACAGACACGAUCGAGGCGCCAUUACUGUAUCAGUAAUGCUGAGCUCUGUCUCUUGUGGGGUUUCUCAAACUCUGCAGAGCUGCAGCUCCGCACGUCUCCCAAACACAGAGCUGAUUUUUAUUUUUUUUAGGUGUAAAUGGGAUUACAUGGAGCUGUUCACUGAUGUAUUAAUUCUCGGUCAAAUUAUGUGAAAUUAACCGCACUAAUAAGAGUCUCCUGAGGUUCCCAGGAGCACUUUUAGAUUUCUGUGUUUGCAUAAACGCGUGUGCACAUAUUUGAGAUGAACCGGACCAGUCCUUCACCUCUAGAGACAGAGGGGGGUGGGGUGGGGGGGGGGGGGCACAAUCACAAAUGAAAUAUUCAUCCCGCAUAUGCGGCGCUGCAAAACGCUCCUGCUAGCCCUGGAGUGCUGCCCCCUCGGAUCAGAACCAACAAAACCCCCUGCGCUCUGUUGUGGCUGUCUCCAUGGUAACACCAUCCGCUGCAUUUAAUGACCAGGUAGCAGCUCUGCGACAAAGAAUUGAAGCUCCUGCAGGGCAGUUUAUAUAAAAAACGUCACAGACGCUCCAAGUAGAAAACAUAUCGCUUUCUUUUUAAUAAUAUCUACUGAUUGAAAUACCCAUUUUUCCAGCGUUUUUGCUCUUUAAGAACGAAAACCCAUUUCAACUGUUCAAGCAGUGAUGCUGCACUUUAAGCUCCGCCUCUCCAUUUAGGAGAUGAAGUGCAGGGAUAACCUCUUGACUUUGUUUUUUAAACUUGUUGCACAAUAAGUCUCCUCCUCUUCCUCCUCCCUUUAUGUUCUCCGCUCCUCUUCUUUCUCCUUUUUAUACAUUUGCACUUGUGGCAUCAAUUCAUGCAAUAAUGUUAGCCAGCAGCGCUUCAGACGGUGCACUAGUGUGUGAGACGAGAAACACGCAGAAUGUAAGCCUGAUUCAGGUGUGAAUUUCCAGUCUGACCAUGUUUUUGUCUAAACUGAACUGUUUACCUGCCUGCUGACUCACUGAAUCUGUGGAAAAUCCCUCUGUUGUUUCUGACCCUCUGAAAUGGUUUUCCUUCGCUUGUUGGGGCGCCACGACACUUCUUAAGUCUUAAGAGCAGAUCAGGGGUCCAAGUGGACCAAGAGUCCUGAAAGUUACAUGUUUAAUCUGAACUUACAAUAAACUAUGAUGAAAUGUG